ACGGAAGUAGGAUUGCAUUGUUACAUCCGGUUUUGGUAUAAACAAACGCCAUUGUUUUUGUUUUUAUCGAGAAUUCCUCUUGAAUUUCUAUCAGUAAUCAUCGAUAUCCAAAUGGCUACAUAAAAUAACAAAAAAGUAUAAAGAUAAAUGGAGUGAUGUUAAAUUUAAAAUCCUGUGCAUAAACUCUUCAAAUUGAAAUUAGCUUUUCAAGAUGAGCUUCCUUUUGUAAGUUGAUGUAUGCACAUAUAACUGCAUAUAAUUAUAAACAUUUUUGGGCUACUUCAAAGUUGCUUAAAUUAUGCCUAAAUUAUGGCAAAUAUAGUGUAAAGCUACUAAAUUCAAUCAUUCUCUAUAUCAGUAUUUAACAACAGUGGUUAUCAUGAAAAUCGCGACUGGUAGAGUGUGGGAGAAAUUAAUAAUUAAACUGUAGAGUAGUUAGAUUAAUUUAAUUAACUUAAUUCAUAUAAAUAUAAUAUAAAUACAGGCUAUACUAUAUUAUAUAUAGGGCCUUUUUUCCAAAACAAUGCCUGAUCCAUAAUCGGAAACUAUAUUGAUCCAAAUUCUCUUUAUAACCUAUUUAUUAAAGAAAUGACAGUAAACCACGGCACGGCUGCCAUCUUGGUUGCCACUACCUGUGAAAGGUCACCCUAAACAUAUCCCUUGAACACCUAAACCUAACCUGAUCCCCAAAUCUAUUAUUAAGUUAAAUAACCACAUAUGAAUUGUGAAAAUUGUCUGCUUUAGCCUAAACCAUACUUUUUCCCAAGCUUAUUUUCAAGUUAUUUAAAAGCUAAAGAAGGGGCACAUAACUCUUCAAUGACAUGUCACAAGCAGAAAAAUUAUUCAUCCAAGUACAAUUGUAUUAUCUUAGUCUUAUUGUUAAAAAUGCAAAUUAUAAAAAUGGGCAAAUGUGGACUAUCCGCUCCAUGACAUGUUGCAUGUUCAAAAAAACUAAUGUCUGCUAAACCUUAAUUGGCUCCACCUAACUGCACUGCAUACAUCUUUUUAAUUAUUUUUUUAUAAAAAAUUGUUAAAGUUUCACCAAAGUACCUUCUGAUACUGACAAUUCAAAUAAUUAGGACAGAGGAUUCGGUAAAUUUUGACUACGAUUGCCACUAUUUUCUCAAUGGCCGCCAUCUUGGUUAACACGUCACGUGAAGUCAUUUAUGCCUAACCUGAACCCUAAAUCGAUCCCUAUGUCUAACCUGAACCCUACGAUCAAUAUGCCUAACCUGAACCCUAAAUCGAUCCCUAAAAUAAAUUAGUAAAAAUAAACAAAGGGAAGUCACUCCCUGGAAAAUAAGUCGUGGCAAUCGUAACUAGGAUUAGGCAAGAAUUCUUUUGUGUUUGAGUAAAUGGAAACUCUCCCACAGAUGAUAAAUUUAGUAAAUGAGUAAAUGCUUAUAAAGAGCAUACCAUGUAAUAACAAAUGUACUGAUAAUUGGAUUUAGUAGGUCUAUAGUCUACAGAUAGCAGGGAUGGCCAACUCUGAAGGCUUCACAGGCCACUGAAGGCAAGGCAACUUUUUGUGGUCCACAUGUCAUUACACUUAUUUUUUAAAACACCCAAUAAAUGCCGUUAGGAAUUAUUGAUAAAUUUUUAAUGCACAAAACAAAAUUUCUUCAAAAACUAAUCAUCAACUAACGUGAUGGUUUGAUUUGGAACUUUUCGCUCACUUAACUUUUUAAAAUCAAUUUCUGUGUAAAUUAAAUUGAGUGAAGAAGUUUGUUAUAUAUCCGGGUGGCUGCAAUAUAAAACUUGACAGGUUGGCCAUGCCUAACCCAUACUGACCACAGCAUUCAGUGAUCAGAGAAUGGUUCAGGUGAUGGUCCGGGUAAAUGCCUAACCCAUACUGACCAUAGCAUUCAGUGAUCAGAGAAUGGUUCAGGUGAUGGUCUGGGUAAAUGGUAAUUGAUGCCUUCCAACCUGCAGGUUAAAAAAGCGUUGAUAAAGUCACAUAAUUAAGUACAACAGCAGGAGAAACUGUAGUGGAAAAAAAUGUACAAGUGAGAUUAAUUAAUAGCUUUUUCAAUUAAUUAUCAAAUUUUAAAUGCCAACAAACUUUGCCCUUUUGAUAAUUUCUGGAUUAGUUUGAAACAUAAAUAAGUGAUAUCAAUGAAAUGUUUAAACAAGAUCACUACUCUUGUAACUUUAUACAAUUUUAAAAUUAAAGUUUCAUAUUUCACCAUAUCUCCUGAUAGACCAAAUUUUUGGUGCAUGGACCAUACUUGGUGCAUGUUUCUCUGAGUCUGCAAAAUUAUGUCCCCUUAAAUUUGGAGCUAAAACUAAAUGCCAUGCUAUACUAGGUACAGUAUGCAGAAGGUGAUAAAUUUGAACAGAUAAAAAAUAACAAUUAAUAUAUUUGACACCCAGCCUUGAUGAUUCAAUGCCAAGUUGGUGAAGCAUUUGACUAUUCCAUUUGAUAUACUUUGAAAUGACGUUUCCCUACCCAUUCUAGGCCAGGAAUUCAAACAAAGUUAACAGUUUUUAUGGUUUGGAAGGACUCUUAGAUGAGUGGACGGCAUCAUGGUUUAAAAUUUCUCAUCUGCAAUACCUUGAUUUUAAUUUCAUGUCCCACGUGACACGUCUGAAUAUAAAUUUUGUUUAAAUUUUGUUUCUUCAGUGGAAGUCGAAGUAAUAAAACAUUCAAACCUAAAAAAAAUAUACCAGAGGGUACACAUCAGUAUGAUUUGAUGAAACAUGCAGCCGUCACAUUAGGUAGUGGAAACUUACGGCAAGCCGUUCAACUACCUGAUGGGGAAGACUUGAAUGAGUGGGUGGCUGUAAAUAGUAAGUUAUACAACUUACUUUUUUUUUUUUUUUUUUUUUUUUUAGUUUUUAUUUAAAAAAGAUUUUUUUUUUCAUAUACCUGUUAAACUAAAAAAAAAGGAUUUUUUAAUUUGGUGUGAACAAACUGCAGUAAAAUCUUACUUUUAACUUUGAAUGUGCAUCAGUUCAUUUAUAUAGUGAAGAAUUACCAUUCAGUCAUUGUUUUGCUGUACGGGUGGUGAAUAAAUUUAAAUAUGAGUUAAAUCUGUUAGCUCACAUAAGUGGAAAAGCUAUUUGAAAUAAGCCAAAAGAGAAUGCAAGUCGUCCACCUAUUGCUUAUCUGCAAAUUUUAGACGUGUUGCUAGUUGCUUCUCUUCAAUGACAGCACAUUCAUAUUUUAUUUUAAUUUAUAUUCUACCACUGACCACACUUACUGAAAUAUUGAUUUGAAAAUCUGCAGAUUGUUGAAAAAUUAUACAUAUUUAAAAUUUAAACAUCAUGGUGAAUAAAUUACUGUGAUGUAUCUCCAUACUUAAGAGCAGCAUUAUGUAGACUCUAAGGAAAUAAAAUAGUUGUCAUAAAAUUUUUGUUGGUGAACUGCUUAAGAACAUCGUACUAAUCUCUCCACAGCUGUAGAUUUCUUCAAUCAGAUCAACAUGCUGUACGGAACCAUCACUGAGUUCUGCUUAGAAGAGACCUGCCCUGUGAUGUCAGCGGGUCCAAAAUAUGAAUACCACUGGGCUGAUGGUCAAACUAUUAAGAAGCCCAUCAAAUGUUCAGCCCCUAAAUAUAUUGAUUAUCUGAUGACGUGGGUGCAGGAUCAGUUGGAUGAUGAGGCUUUAUUUCCUUCCAAAAUAGGUGAGGAACAAAGAUGAUCUGUUUUGAUGGUGGCAUGAUCAAUGUUCAGUUGGAUUUUAAACAAGUUAUCAGUGUUUGAGAGGGAAAUUUGACUUGCACAUGAAAUGGAAAUUUUUAAGAAAACUUGUUAGCAUUCUAGUUAUAUCAAAAUCUUACAUAAUAAAGUUUCAGUCAACCAUCUUUUCAGUUGUGUGUGUCUUAACAUGCACACUGAGAUUUGCAACCUUUCUCUAUUCCAUUUCUAAUCUCUAAUUCGAUAAUUUUGUUGAUGUGCAUAUAACUAUAGUUUUCUUAUAAUUGCUGUAAAAUUGUUUCCUUUAUGUUGCAGGUGUUCCAUUCCCUAAAAACUUUCUGUCCAUUGCUAAAACAAUCUUGAAACGCCUUUUCCGUGUUUACGCACACAUAUAUCAUCAACAUUUCAAGGAGGUGGUUCAGCUCAGUGAGGAAGCUCACCUCAAUACCAGUUUCAAACAUUUCAUCUUCUUUGUUCAGGAGUUCAACCUCAUUGAUCGCAAGGAGCUGGCUCCUCUCCAAGAACUCAUAGACAGACUGACCAGUAAAGAUCGAUGAAACCCUAGGGGGGGGGGCUCCAAAUUUGUUGGCCUACGUUUCCCACAGCUAUUAGCCCGAAUAUAAGUUUAUUUCAAGUGUACCAUGUAUCUUUAAACGGUUUUAGUUAGCAUUCUGAGUGAUAAAAUAAUCUGAGCUUGGACUCCUCACUUGUCACAUUCCAUCGUUACAGUGUUAACAACACCUCAUUUGCUGGUGCUUAACUACAGGCUCUGCUCUGGCUGGGGCCGGUCUAGACAAAUUCAUGUUUAAUCAUGACAUUGUUUAUGAACCAUCUUAAUCCUUUUUUUUUUUUUUUUUUUUUUUUUUUUAGAGCUUUAGAGAAAUCUUUAUUCAUUAGUCUUAAUUAAAAAAUUUUUUUGUAAAUAUAAUUAGUUGUUAGGGAGAUCCACAACGUUUGAUUUGUAUUUGUAAAACACCCCCCCCACCCCUCCCCCCCCUCUUUCUUUUACAGUGAAGAUUAAUCACAAAAACUUUACUUUAAUCUUCUAUAUCAUGUAUAUCCUACCAAUAUUCAAAACUGUAGUUAUCUUUAUGAUAUGCUGAUGGCUUAUUUUAAUGGGAAACACAGGCUACUAAAUAAUAUCCCACAUUACCCAGUAGCAAACAAGUGUUAAAAUACCUAGUAGCAUACAAGUGUUAACAAACGGGUUAGAUUUUUCACCACAUUACCCAGUAGCAUACAAGUGUUAACAACAGGUUCAAGUUUUGACACAAUAACUUUUAGCAAGAAACAAAACAAGUGGUGUUUUUUUUAGUGAGGGUUGCCAUGCAUGUUACUUGUUGAAUUUUCACAGGUAUCCACUUUUCACAUUCUGUCAGACAUUUGAUGUCUUUAAAGGAUAGCUCCUUGUUAUGUUCGGGCUAGUAGUUUUGUUUUUUGUUUCAAUAUAACAUAAUUUUUGUUUAGGGAUACAUGUAUAUGCACCAAUAAUUUUCAAAAGUGUGAGUUUUAAAGAUUUUUGUUUUUCUUGUUAAUGCACUAAUUCAAAUGUAUGGUAACACAAAACGCAGCUUUCUCCUACAUUAUUAGGCAGUAGAUCAUGCAUUAUUUUAUAAUUAUUCAAACUUGGAAUAUUACAUUUUUAAAAAAUUUUCAUGACUUUUUAAAUACAUUUACAAAGUAGAUUUUGCUAGUUAAUCUAGUUGCAAUAAGUUCCAUUAGUUAAUAUACUUCCUUCCUCCUGUAAAUUUAUUUGAUUCUUUUUAUUCCUUGAACUGACUUUUGAUGAUUAUUCUCUAUGGCAGUGGUUUCCAACUUUUUUUGACAAGCAAGCCCUUUUUUAGAAUCAAUUUCUAUUGGGGGAGGGGGAGGGAAGGGCGCCUUGGGUCUACCCUAUGUCUUACAAUUUAAAGGUAUUUAGGAGUAGUCUGGGGGCUCAGAUAAGCACAGGUUUGGAACCACUGCUCUACGGUAUGGCUGAAUUUUCUAGCGUUUGAUAGCACAAUUAAAGAUGGUCUUUUAUUAAAUGCACCAGACAAUUAAUCAAUGUGACAUGUACAUGAGUUGCCUGAUGUCAAUGUAGGGAAAAUGCAUCAAUUAUUCUAUGUGACAUGGACAUGAGCUGCAUGAUGUCAAUGUAAGACAGUUGAAUCACUUAAAAUUUUUAGUUUUCCUAUUUAAAAAAAUUAAUUUCCAGUCUAUUCUGCUCAUACUACACAUAGCUCUCAGCACUUGCUGAAAAGUUCAUAUCAGUUUUAUUCACUGGCAAUGUUUGUCUUGUAAUCUUAAAAUCCCCUGUGUAGUUAGAAAUCAAAUAAAGUAAGAAAAUAAUUUGUAGAAAUGCAACGUUCCUUGUUUGAAAUAGUAGUUUUAAUGAAAGCACAAUAACUGAUAACACUACUGGUCUUACUUGAACUUUAAAUUAAUGAAAUUAAUCUGAGGAAGAAAUGAAUUACCGGUAUCCAAUUAUUUUGUUUGUGUGCAGUGUAAUUUUGCCUUUUGAUGAAAGUUAAUAAAUCCAUGAAAGAGGCCUUUCCACAGCUACAUUUGACGACCUUUCAACUGCUACAUUUGACAACUUUUCAACUGCUCAAUUUGACAACUUUUCAACUGCUACAUUUGACGACCUUUCAACUUCUACAUUUGUAGUACAACACAGAACAAUGCUUUUUCUCCUCCUUCAAAAAUAACUGUUUCCUGUUUAGAUACACUUGUAAGAGAAAUGUGUGGUUCUUAAAUUUGAUGUUUUUCUUAUAUUGCUCACCAAAUACUCCAGACCUAAUUUUAGUUGGAUAUUUUCACGCAAAUCAUGACAUAUCUUGAAUGCUAAUAAUUUAAUUGGGGGGGGUGUGUGUGUGUGUGUGUGUAUGUUCUUACAUUUAAAUGGUAAACUUAUUGAUUUAUGACAAAUUAUCAAAGAAUGCUGUAAGCUGAACAGAGACUGCCUUUAAUUUCGAUUGCAAAUCAUAUCUAGAAUGUGUGUUAAAAAUUGUCAAGAUAAUUGUUUGAAAAGCUCCGCAUUGGUAUAUCUGAAUCAAGUGGCUUAAGUUGGCACUGUAUGUCUGCUAUUGAAUUCCAAAUGAGUAUUUACGGACCAAUAUGUCAGAUUUAUUACCGGUAUGUAUAUGUCUUGUUAUUGAUGCAUUAUUUUAAAUUAUGCUAACAUACUAGUAAGAUGAUCUGUUUAGAAUUAAGCUCAGUAGAUUUGUUAUUUGUUUUUCUAGUUUUUAGUUUGAUAUCAAAAGCUCAUUUUUUUUUCAGGGCAAAACUUUUUAUUCAGUAGUUAAGUAGUACCGGUAUCACAAGUAGUUAGAUAUUUUGUUACUGGAGUAAAAGUUUGAAAUCAGAUGUAGUCAAGGGGUUUCCUACAAUAAACUUCAAAACUCUGAAUAGACAACAUCGGUAUUUUACUGACACAUGUGACAUAUUUACCAAUUAUUUGUAGAUUACAAGUUUACGUCUUCAGGCGUGCACCGAAUUUCAGCUUUAAACAAAUGUGAGGAGCCCUGUGGAAUAUAGGUAUGGAUAUGUUGAAAACUAUUAACAGUGCUUACCUCUAGUGCAAUCAGAGGGUUUUAAGUUCUAGAUACUGUAUAUCCAGGAUAAGCAUAGUUUUUUGUUUUUUUUUAAAUGAAAUCUCAUUUUGAUUUUUUUUAAAUCCAUAAAUUCCAUUUUUAUGGAUCUACUUUUGAGAUUUCGUUUCAGUCAUAAUUAUUCAGGAUCUACUUUGACAUUUGAAUUCAGUCAUAACUGUUCUCCUCUGUGGCAACAAGCUGAAAACAGUGCCGCUAGAUUAUAACUAUAACAGUGAAUUAUGAAAGCCACAAUUAUAUUGUAAUUGUAUCCUUUUCUGUACAUUUCUGUUGUUACUCUGAGGCUGUGAUGUUAACGCUAAUUAAAUCUACUAUAAAAUCACUUUUAAAGCAGGCUGCUCGGAGAAAGCUAAUGUAAAAUCAUUUGGCUUCAAAUUUCAGUUUUUAGUAUCAAAUAAAAAGACUUAACUAUAAAACUAUUUAUUUAUUUUUUUUAACUGGAAAAACUGUAUUAUUAUAUGGUAAAUAAAUUUGGGCAUGUGUAUUUUCCUUUUGCAUUGGUCAUUAUAAAGUUGCUAUUCCAGAAAUGUGUUUACAUUGUACUGGUACAUAUUGCACCUGUAAUUUGUUUUCUUAGGCAUAUAUGAAAUUUAAAAAAUGUGUGGUCUCGUUCAUCUCAGUCUUGAGAUCUACAAUAGUUUGAUUAAAACACGCAGGAAAUAUUUGCAGGUUGCUAUUGUUAAAAACAACUUUAAAAACUUGAACUUUAUUCCACUGGUUUAGCUGUAUGCAUAUUUUCCAAUCAAAUGAUUUAUUUGCAAUGUCACAUUGAGAAUCACUGAUUUGUCGUCUUCUGGAUAUGCUUUGCAAAUUUGGGUGUUCUUUGUCAAGAGAUUAUUUGUUUGCAUGUGAAGAAAUGGUGAUCAAAAUCUUUGAAAUGAUCAGAAAUAUCUAUUGCGCUGUCAUUUUUGUUAAUUUCGCAGUUGUAACCAUGCAUGGUUUACAAAAAAAAAACACUUUUCUAUAGUGUUUUGUAAAUAAUCAAAUAUUUUCUUUUCAAUCCUGUAAAUGAUUCAUGUUGUUACUCUGUCAUGUUUGAGCCAUAGAUUAUUAGUAGACAUUAUCUGUGGCUCCCCUGAUGUUACUCUGUCAUGUUUGAGCCAUAGAAGUAGACGUUAUCUGUGGCUCCUCUGAGGCUACAGCUGUCAUAAAAUGUUAUUUAUGUUUCCUGAUUCCUGUUGCAGCUUUGAAGUUUAAUAUGCGCCUCAUUUUCAUAAGCACAAGUGAAAUAUUCUUGGAGCAUCGCUUGGGUUUAAUGACAUUGACAAUCCCUCAUGCCUGUUCCAAAUGUUUUGCUGAAAUUUGUUUGAAUGUAAGCUGGCACUGUAAGAUUACCAAAGUUGUUGGCCUAUUCCAAAAUGUAGAAUAAUCCAGUUUGUUGCUAAGGAAACAUUUAUUGUUACACUUACAUAAUGACAUUUCAUGUUAACAAAAUUGUGACAAAUGGAUUGAUUUCAUCAAAUCCAUUAGUUUUCUGGACUUUUUCGUGGUGAAAUGUGACAUUUCCAGUACUGCAAAACUGUCUUUCAUGCUUUAUAUUUGAACAUAGUUAAAAUGGACAAUGGUUUUGACAUAUUUCAACUUCGUCAAAUCUAAAUUUCUUACUUUAAGAAUAAUAAUUUCUCAAGGUGCCCAUACACAAUAUAUUUUUAGACUUAAAGAAUUGUUUGAAUUGGGAUUUCACAGGGACGGCUGCACAAAACCCUGUGACACAGAUUUGUUUAAAAACCUUGUUCUUUUCCUAAACAUCAUCUUAAACUUAAAAAAAAAAUUUUGUUUUCUCAAUAUAAACUCUUACAAUAUAUAACUUUAAAAGCAUUAAAAAGUCAAUGUAUUGUUGACUACACAUUUGUUUAGCUAGGUCACUUAUUGCUUUCAAUAGUACUUGUAGUCUUGUACAGUUCCAUUAGCUGCAAUUUUAGUGGUAUUAUGAAAUGACCGACACUUGUUUCUGUUUAUCUUAUGGUACUUCUAAUGACUAAUUUAACUUAAGGUGAAAGAGAUCUAAUUAUAAUUUAACUUGAGGUGACAGAGAUCUAAUGACUAAUUUAUCUUAAAGCACUUAAGGUGACAGAGAUCUAAUGAUAAUUUAAUUUGAGGUGACAGAGAGUGCCACCAGUAUUUAAUGUUAUAAUUGUAUUUAGUUGGAGAUGAUUGUUUUCUUUCUUGAUUUAUUGGUCUUGUUGUUCUGUCUAAGAAGCAAUACCGUACAUAAAAAGUUGGGGUAUUUCAUUUCUAGAUUUGUAAUGGCUAUAAUCAGAAUAUUUGUUCUUUUUGAAGUAUGUGUUUAGACAUCUGUCCAUUAAUGAAGCAGAUUUGGUCUAGUCAACUGUUUAAAAAAAAAAGAAAAGGGCAUCACACCAUUUGAAUAGGACAUUCAAGUUAAUAUAAGUUUAAAGCUUUAACUUCUAAGUCUAAGAAAGAAAUGAACAAUUUUGGUUGAAAAAUAAAAAUUAAUGCAAUAAUAGUAGAUGGAAUCCUCUGGUUGAUCAUAUUACUGGUCAGAAAUGUCCACCCAUUAAAUAAGGGAAGGUAGAACCUCUUGACAGGCAGCUUUGAUUGGGGUGCGGGGUGGUGUGUCAAACUGUCUCUGUGUGUCAUUCAAAUAUAAAUUUGUUCACCUAAAUUCACUAAUUCAAAUUGCUUUUUUUUAAAUUUUCUUUUAUAAUUGCAUACUAAAUUAUGAUAAUUAUAAGCAUUUUAAGCAAUGCGAAAAUAUUUUAACUGCCCUCCAUUGAAAGAAGAGUCAACUGUAAAUAUUGAAUUGAUAUUAAGGAGAACAUUACAUUUAAAAGAAUCUUUUUGAAAUAAUUUUUAAAAGAUAUAAUUUUAAAUAACUGAAGUUUUUUGGAAUUGACUACUUCUUAAACUUUGCCUUUUUAUUGCUAUGUUUUGUUGAUAUUUAAUUGAUACACUUGCGCCUGUGCAUCUGUUGCAUGCCCAA